GUGUGUGUUCUGUCGAGCAAGCAGAAACGUGGUGUGUGGUUGUGUAUGCGUGUGUGUGUGUGCGUGUGGUUGAGUCGGUAGCCAACGACUCCAAGCCACAAUAUUUUCCCCCCUCAGUCAUGUUGUUCUGUAUCAUUCAUGGAGCGAGAGGAGCGUAAGAAGAGCGUGCGGCCGCUGAGAGGUGUAGAAGAGGAUGGGAGAGAGAGAGAUGGAGAUGGAGAGGGAGGGAGAGAGAGAGAGAGGAAGAGCGAGAGAGAGAGGAAGGGAGAGAGAGAGAGGAAAAGAGAGAGAGACAGAGGAAAAGAGAGAGAAAGGAGAGGAAAGGAGAGAGAGAGUGAAAAAGUGAGAGAGAGAGGAAACGAGAGAAAGAGAGAGAGAGGAAGGGAGAGAGAGAGGAAGAGAGAGAGAAAGAAGAGAGAGAGCGGAAAAGAAAGAAAGAGGAAGAGAGAGAGAGGAAAAAGACAGAGAGAGGAAGAGAGAAAGAGAGGAAAAGAGAGGCAGAGCAGAAGAGCGAGAGAGGAAAAGAGAGAGAGGAUAACAGCGGAAGAGAGAGAGGAAGGGAGAGACAGAGAGGAAGAGAGAGCGGAAGAGAGAGAGAAGAAAAGAGAGCGAGAGAUAAAGAGAGAGAGGAAAAAAGACAGAGAGAGGAAAAGAGCGGGAGACAGAGAGAGAGAGAGAGAGAGAGGGGGGGGGGGGAAAGAGAGAGGAAAAGCCGACCAACAGUCCAGGCCAUGUGCCUCUGCAGCCAGCGAGGAAGAGCCAGGCGGCGGCGAGUUGAACGCCGCAGCAACUGACGAGGCGGGCGCCCACGGAACAGCCCGUCUCUGGGCCGAUGAGGAGGAGGCGUGUGAUGGCUGCUUGUGCGGCAGGUAA